CCUGCCCGAGGGUGCAAGUGGCUUGUUUAUUACCACAGAGCGAAUAAUGAGCAGGCUAGGGUCUCUUAGUUUGGUGGUCUUUUUCCUGCACUGUUCUACCUGCACCUCGAGAAGCUAUCAAGCAUGCUUUGGAGCAGGGCAAAUGGGCACGGAACUGUGAGAAAUCCCGGUGAAGGUGGCAUUUGACCCAAGAACCCAAGAAUCCAAGAGAUUUCAAUCAUAGGAGAAAGGAGAGAAGACAGAAUACCUCAAAAGUCAAGUAAUUCCGUCAGCAAAGACAUGGAGCCACCCAAGGGCAAGAUUGCUUGGGGAGCAAAGACGUCCCCCUUUGCCUCCUCUGAGAAGUUGAGAUAAAGGAGGAGAGGCCUGGGUGUCCUCUGACUGAUAAACAGGCUCCACCCAGAGGCCAAUAGCGUGUGCAUGGGGACAGGAAGUUCAAGUGGCAGAAGUUCCCCUUUUCCAGGAGGAAGGAACGGGCUGGGGUUGGAGGAAGUCCGUUUCCUGAAUCCUUGUUCUCAGAAUAGGUGCCUCUGGACCAGAACCUGGAAGGAUUGCGGGAGCCAGAGAGAGGGACAGACCGACAGACGGACAGACCCACAGACGGCAAGUCCCUUGGAGAAAACCAUUUCUUUUUUGGAGUCAGAUGUCUGGGGUGGCGAGUGAGGGGUGGCUGCUGUGUGAGAAUGCCCUGCCACCCCCACUAGAGACGAGGCUGUGAGAGGCUUGGAGAGUAGAAAUGAGAAUGACAGGGAGGUGACGGGAGAGCGGGGAAGUCGUGGUACAUCCAGGGGCCAGGUUCGUUCUGAAGGUCUCUGGGAACCCCGCCUUGGGAUGAAAAUAGGUGUGUGUGGAGAGGGUGGGCAGGCGGAGGUGUCAAAAUGACCUGAUAUGACUCUUUCCUGCACCCCUUCCUGAACCAGCUUCUCUCUCCUCCGUCCUGCUCGCUCGGUUCAGGAGGGCGGAGACAGUCGUGAGGAGAGUCACGGGGGGACAGACCGCGCUGGGCCGGGGGAAUGGGGACUCUCUGGAGCCAGGAGCUUGUGUCUCUCACCUCCUGGUUCCCUGCUACACAGAGACCCCCAGAAGAGGGGCAGCCCACCGAACAGAACAGAUGGCGGGCCAUGGCCAGGAGGCUGCUAACCACUGUCCUGCUUUUAGGCCUGUUCCUUGGUUCUUCUGUGCUUCUGUUCUACCUCUUCCAGGGCUGUACACCUUACCCCUGUGAGACGCCUGUGUGUCGGCGUCUCCUGCGCCGAUACCUGGCCUCUCGGGACACCAGUGCGGACCCCUGCACCGACUUCUUCAGCUUUGCCUGCGGAAAGGCCAAAGGGACCAGUAAUUCUUUGCAGGCUCUUCGGAGAAUGCUGGAGGCCUCAGGGUCCUGGCACCCGGGAUCUGGGGAGGAGAAAGCUUUGCAAUUCUAUAACUCCUGCAUGGACACGAGUGCCAUUGAAGCCGCAGGGGCUGGUCCCCUCAGACAAGUUAUUGAGGAGCUUGGAGGUUGGCGAAUCUCCGGUAAUUGGACUUCCUUAGAAUUUAACAGAACUCUGAGACUUCUGAUGAGUGAAUAUGGUCACUUCCCAUUCUUCAGAGCUUACCUGGGACCUCAUCCCACCUCUCCGCACAAGCCAGUCAUCCAGAUAGAGCAGCCAGAGUUUGACAUUCCCAGGCCAGAGAAGGAAAUGAAGACCUAUGCCCAGAUCCUGCGGGAAUACCUGGCUUACCUGAAUCGCCUGGGGAACUUGCUGGGAGGAGAUCCAAUCAAGGUGGAAGAGCAUGCCUCCAUGUCCCUCUCCAUCACCUCGCAGCUGUCCCAGUUUCUGAGGCAGCAGCGGGCACAGGGAAAGCUCUUCCAGAUGGUCACUAUUGACCAACUGCAGCCUUUGUGUCCCUCUUCUAAGGAAAUGGCCCCUGCCAUCGACUGGUUGUCCUGCUUGCAAGCAAUGUUCACACCGAUAUCGCUGAGCCCCUCCCAGCUAGUCGUGGUCCAUGACCUGGAUUAUUUGCAAAACAUGUCGCAACUGGUGGAAACGCAGCUGUUGACGCACAGAGAUUUUCUGCAGAGCCAUAUGAUCUUUGGGCUGGUGGGGACCCUUUCUCCAGCCCUGGACAGUAAAUUCCAGGAAGCACGCAGAGUGCUGAACCAGAAACUGCGGGAGCUGACAGAACGACCACCUAUGCCCACCCACCCUCGAUGGAUGACGUGCAUGGAGCAGACGAGGGCCGUCUUCGAGUCUACCCUGGCAGCCAUGUUUAGUCGUGAGGCCCUGAGCCCGAGCACCCAAAGUGCUGCCAUGGAAUUAUUCACCGCCAUCCGGGAUGCCCUUCUCACUCACCUCAGAAGCCUUCCUUGGAUGGAUGAGGAGAGCCGGAGAAAGGCCCAGGACAGAGUCACCCAUCUGCAAGCGAAGAUGGGGGCCCCCGAAUGGGCCCCGGAGCCAGCGCUGGCCAGACAGGAAUACAACGAUAUACACCUCGGACCCAGCUACCUGCAGUCCUUCCUGAGCAGUGUCCGAUCCCGCCAAGCUAGAAUGGUCCAGAGCUCCUUGCAGCCUGUCCCUCACCACAGGUGGCAGAUGUCCCCCUGGGAGGUCAGUGCCAACUAUUCAAUAUCUGACCAUGUGGUGGUCUUUUCAGCUGGACUCCUCCAACCCCCGUUCUUCCACCCUGGCUACCCCAGGGCCGUGAACUUUGGCGCUGCUGGCAGCAUCAUGGCCCAUAAGCUGUUGCGCAUCUUCGACCAGCUCUUACUCCCCGGGGGCUGCCUGGCCUGUGACUCCCGUGCCCUACAUGGGGCACAGCUGUGCCUGGAGCGCCACUACGCUGCCUUCCCGUUACCUAACGGAACCGCCUUCAAUAGCUCCCACAGCCUCCAGGAGAGUGCCGCCGACGUCGGGGGGUUGGCCAUCGCGCUGCAGGCAUACAGCAAGGGGCUCUUAUGGCACCGUGGGGAGACCAUCCUGCCCAACCUGGGCCUCAGCCCCCACCAACUCUUCUUCUUAAGCUAUGCCCAGGUGAUGUGUGGGGAGCCCAGCACACAGGAGUCUCAGGACACUCACAGCCCUCCCGUCCUUCGAGUCCACGGGCCCCUCAGCAACACCCCAGCCUUUGCCAGAUAUUUCUCUUGUCCAAGUGGCACCCUCAUGAACCCCUCCCACCGCUGCCAGCUCUGGUAAUCUGGCCACCCAAGAGACCUCAAUGCAGAUGUGGCACCAUCCUCCCUGCCCCAUCCAUGGAAUCCGGGCCAUGACACCUCUCCCCUUUUCUGAAAAAUAAAACCUGGCACUUGG